GGUUAUGCCGGUCUCAGUUGGAUGAGAUUAAAUUUGAAACGCUAGUGCGUUCUUAGACUUGUACGCGACAUUUGGCAAAUACAGCAACUAAGAAACAGAUUUUUCGCAAUUCCAGUCGUUAUCGAUGUUGCCGCUGCUGCUGCUGCUGCUGUGAGCAGCAUUUGUUGGACGACGGUGAUGGUGCGGUGCAUUUUUUCUGCAUCUGCUUCUGUGUCUGUGUUGGGUGAUUGCAUCAGUUUGCUGGAUGCGUGCUAGCUCGGCUAACACGCAGCCUCAGUGUGCGCGACAAUUAUCCAAGUGACGACCAACUGACCGCUUGCUCUUUCGCGCGCCCUUUCGCGAUUUUUUCAAACAAUUCAUUCGAUUGUUGCAAUAGAACACAAGAAAAAUAUUUCUACCGGAAUUCACAAACAAGGAGCAUAUUGGUCUGCGCUUACAAUUUGUGCUACUCUUUACUGUGAUUGGCGACAAUCAAAUCGCUUCAUCAGAAUCUUUACAAUAUGUAUCAGGAGUUUUGAUGACACUUCACAUACAUGGCGGCACUAGGCGGCGUAGACUUUAGUACAACUGACUGCUGCAGUGGUUUCACUUUCGGCGCUAAAGUAGCAGUGCUCCGAAUACGCCACACGCCGCACUUGCGCUGGCUGGUUGUAUACGUAUCUCAUUAAAGUAGUUAACCAGCUACUCAGUGAUUUGGUCGGGCAGUAAAACUAGUGUUUAGCUGCUAUGAUGACGCGGCUACUAAUGAUGAUGGAGACACAUCUGGAAAACAUAACUGGCGCCGAAAAUAUUACUCAGUAUCCGGAACAGUUACAGUGCUUAACACAAGAUAAUUUUUACCAAGACCUUCACCAGGAGAUAAGUUCAAAAUUUAAUACAGCGGCUGCCGGGUCAUCUGCCUCGCAACAAUAUAAACAGCAAAAACCUGACUAUCAAAACCAUUACUCUUCUACACACCAGCAUCCUGUGCAAUCACUACAGACAACCACAUUAGUUCCAUUUCUGCCAGCAUUCCUUCAGCUGCCAACCCCGUCAUUAGUACCCGCAACACAACAAGCACUACCUGAGUUGCAUGCCCGCGUCCUGCACGACACUAACGCGAAAAAUAAAAAAGUGGGAGCAGCAGGACCAUCAUCAAACAUGCAACCCAUGUGGUCCACGGCAGCCGUUGCUGCCGCCCACAUCCAAGCCGCUCUAGCGGCCGCGGCUGUUGUUUCCAGCGGCAAUAGUGGCAACAGCGUAGAUAGCAACCUUUGCUCAAUUAGCUGCGAGGCCACAAAGGCCGCGCUGGGGAAUGCAGCUACUGGUAACACUAAUAUAUAUAGCAGUAAAAUGAAUAGCUCUAGCGGCGCCACCAGAGGCUGCACGCAGUCGCCUAACCAUAGUGAUAGCAAUUUAGGUGAAAUGCCAACUGGUACUCCAUUGCUAGCAAUAUCGUACGCGAGUGAUGUCGGUGUAACACCGCCAGAAUCGCCUAUGGAUCAACUGAGUUCUGUCUACAACAACAAAUACGAGGAGUCCUCUUUGGACGUUGACGAUACGAUUAGUUUGAAUGAACGGUCGCACUCACCGCAAAAUGAAAUGCAAACGUACAAGAAGGAUGAGCAGGACGAAGUGGCACAGGAACCUGGAAAUGUUCUCGAAACAGACACACCUCUAAAUUUGUCUAAACACAAAUUUUCGCCAUGCCCAACGCCACCAUCGUUCACAACAGACUCACCCGGACUACAACAACGCGAGACCUUGGCUGUGAUGUCGUCCUCCCCAAUAUCGUGGUCAGUAUCAACUGAAAAUAUGCCGCGCGGCAACGGCGCAGCCAUGGCUGACGACAAUUCAACCAGUAUGCAUUUAAAGAAUUCCAUGAGAGUAGCAGCUGCAGCAGCAGCCGCCGCAGCUGUAGCAGCAGUUGGCCUGCCCUGUCAGUUUUUACCGUACGCGGCCAAAAAUCCAAUGCAAAAGCGUAUCAGCCACUCAGCUAACGCCACCCCAGGGAAAUGUGUGUCACCCUGUAACGAACAGGCAUGUGCGCAUUCCACCAACGAUGUGUUUUCAGAAACUGAAGCCAAUAUGCUAGCCUGCCGGAUGUGGAGUGCAGCCGUCAACGCACCUGAAACGCUCGCGAGUCCGGGAUCAUUACAGCAUAAUCAUAUUCAGCACCAACAACAGCAUUUGUACCAACAAUCGUCGAGCAUAUCUCCUAUCGUGCAAAUUACUAGCAACAGUAGCCCCGAGGGAAGUUACCAUGAAGAUGAUAUAGCUGUAGAAGAUAUGCGGAUAGCAAACACAACGCGCGGAAGCGCGGACACUAUACUCAAGGGCAGCAAAAGUACAGAACAGACAACACCAGUAACUAGCCAAGUGGACGCAUUAAAACAGCGCCAACAGACCAACCAUAAACAUCACCACCAUCAUCAUCAGAGUUCUCAUACCUUACAUUCGCACCAAUUGUCAGUGCACGACCAGCCGCUGCGUCAGUCAAGGCAUCAGCAACACAAGCAGCAGGAUAUUUCGGAAUCUAUUGAGAUUAAUUACGAUGCAGUCAAUAAAAAUAAGAACCCUUCGAUCGCACCAAAUAUCUCUCAAUUGCCCGGAAUGCACGCCGUUGGACACGCCAAGCCGCACAUAAAGCGGCCCAUGAACGCUUUUAUGGUUUGGGCCAAGGAUGAACGCCGAAAGAUCUUAAAAGCCUGUCCGGAUAUGCACAAUUCGAAUAUUUCAAAAAUAUUGGGCGCCCGCUGGAAGGCCAUGUCGAACGCCGAGAAACAACCCUACUACGAAGAACAAUCGCGUCUCUCCAAGCUACAUAUGGAACAGCAUCCGGACUACCGCUAUCGCCCGCGUCCUAAACGCACUUGCAUCGUUGACGGUAAGAAAAUGCGCAUAUCGGAAUAUAAAAUUCUAAUGCGCAACAGGCGCGCCGAAAUGAGGCAGCUGUGGUGUCGAGGCAAUGUUGUUACCGGCGGCAUGACUGGCGGGGGCGGCAAUACGCCCGCAAGCGGCGCGGCAGCAUCGCUGCUCAGCUCACCGGACAUCAUUGUGGGUAGCAAUGUGCAGUCGGCGGUCGCAGCAGCUUUUCGCCUACAAGACAUCGGUCAUGCUGUCAACGCUACGACGGCAGCAAAAAUGGGCGUAGGCCAAUUGGAGAAUUGUAAUACGAUUAUCGAGGGUGUAUCCACUCCGAAUGGUGUGGCAUCAAACUGUGGCAGCUACUAUUAUCCGCAGGAUAGUAUGUCGCCUUCUGGCUUUUCAUCCGAAAGAAAUACACCCAGCUUCAGUUCGCGCGAUGACGAUUAAAAAAUACUCGUACAAAAGAUUAUUUAAAAGAAAUCAAAAGCAAAAAAAUUUUAAUAAUUACCAUUAUUUAGUCACAUAAUGCAAUUACUUAAAAUGAUUAUUAUGUACUUAAGCAAUUUGAAUCAACCAUGUGCCAUUCUCAAUACUUAUACAAAGAUCAUAAAA